AUGACAAGCAGAAUUUUUUAUGAGGAUUAUCCUAGUAAUCCUUAUAUAUAUGCUCAGUAUACUAGUAGCAGCAGGGUUUUUCACUCAAAAUACAAAGUAAUAGCUUUUGGAUAUUAUCCACCAACUGUCAAAUUCACGCAAAAAAGUAAACAUGAUAUCCAAUAUCAAAUUCCUGAUGAAUAUAUUAUUAUUACAGAAGUUGCUAACCAAAUGAUACGUUGUGAAACAAAGUACACGCUCGCAAAUAAGAUUUUAUAUACUAUUAUAUGGAAAGAAGGCCGAGCAGAAUGGAUGGUAUCUAGUGAACGAUCUGCAAGUGGUGCUGUGAAUGCGUUUUUAAAGAAAACUAAUCGGGAAAAAUCUAAAUGUUCUGAAAUACACAUUUUCGGAUUUGAUAUUGAAAUAUUACACCAAGUAAGAAUUGAACAAUCCAGGAAAUCAUCAGUUGACAAUGUUGUUAUUGAUAAAAGAAAAAGGCCACUUAAUGAAGUACAAUCAGUAUCACAACAAAAUAAACGAUAUGCAUCAUUUGGAAAGGAGACACACCAAAAAAUUAAACAGCUUGUUUUAAAACACCAAAUGGUUUCAGAUUUUGGAAAUCCAAUUUGUAUAUAUAAUAUGGAACUAGGAUAUGAAAAUCAAGUUAUUAAUAUAAAAUACAAUUCAAUAAUAGAUAACCAGCCUAUACUUGAUGAUUAUGAAUUUCAAGAAAAUUCUGAUGGAAUUUUAGUUGAUGAACAAGAAAUUGGUAAUGGUAUAUAUAGAUCAAUUCGAUCUCUUCUUAAAAUAUUUAUUCCUAUUUGGAGUAAAUCAGUUCUUCAGCUAGGAGAUACGAUCAAUCUAAAACUUGGUGGAGAUGGGCGGAAUGUAGGUUGCAAACAAAAUCAUGUCAUGAUAACUGUUUACUUAUUAAAUGAAAAGGACGAAGCAAAGAAAAAUGAUACAUUAGUCAAAGUUGGACGCUUAUUUAAAUAUCAACUUCAGGAUCUUCAGGAAAACGGAAUUUAUGAUGAUAAUGGUAUACAUUGGCCAAUUGAAUUUUUUUUUUCCGGUGAUUAG